UCUCUCUCUCUCUCUCUUUCUCUCUGUCUUUCUUUGGCUUCGCCUUGAGGUGCUCCAUCCCCAGAUCUUCCAGGAAAAGGCCGUAAAUGAUCAGCCCCUAUGACCAACAUGAGCUGGAGUUUUCUCACCCGCCUGCUGGAAGAAAUCCACAACCACUCCACUUUUGUGGGGAAGAUCUGGUUGACGGUUCUCAUAGUCUUCCGCAUAGUCCUGACGGCCGUGGGCGGCGAGUCCAUCUACUCGGACGAGCAGAGCAAGUUCACCUGUAACACCAAACAGCCGGGCUGCGAUAACGUCUGCUACGAUGCCUUCGCCCCACUUUCACAUGUCCGCUUCUGGGUCUUUCAGAUCAUCAUGAUCUCCACCCCGUCUGUCAUCUACUUGGGCUACGCCAUCCACCGGAUCGCCAGGUCCUCGGAGGAGGAGAAGAAGAGGUUUCGGAGCUUCAAAAAGAAGAAGAAGCAGUUCGUCCUCAACUGGCAGGCGUCCCACCAUCUGGAGGACUCCUUGGGCGCCGAAGAAGAACCUAUGAUCUCCGAGGAGAUGGUGGAGAACGAAGAGAAGGAGAAGACCAAGGAAGAGGAGAAGAAGAAGGGGGAGAAACACGAUGGCCGGAGACACAUCCAAGAAGAAGGGCUGAUGAAAAUCUAUGUCUUCCAGCUUCUCACCAGGGCCUCCUUCGAAGUCUGCUUCCUGAUAGGUCAAUACAUGCUCUACGGUUUCGAGGUGAGGCCCUACUAUCUUUGCACCCGUGAUCCUUGUCCACAUAACGUCGACUGCUUUGUGUCCAGGCCCACGGAGAAGACCAUCUUCCUCCUGGUGAUGUACGUGGUCAGCUGCCUUUGUCUGUUGCUCAACCUGGCGGAGAUGUGCCAUCUGGGCAUCGGUACCAUCCGGGACGCCAUUCGAGAACGGAAAAUCCACAGCUUCCGACAGCCGCCGUACAAUUACGCCGCUUACCCCAAGAACAUCUCCUGCCCACCCGAGUACAACUUGGUGGUCAAAUCCGACAAACCAGCCAAGAUUCCCAACAGCCUGAUGGCUCACGAGCAGAACUUGGCCAACGUAGUCCAGGAGCAGCAGUGCACCAGCCCCGACGAUAACAUCCCCCCUGAUUUGUCGACCCUCCAUAAACACUUACGGGUGGCUCAGGAGCAGCUGGACAUCGCGUUCCAGAGCUACAACAGCACCCAGGGGCAAAACCAACCCUCCAGAACCAGCAGCCCGGGCUCCAGUGGAUCCAUGGCAGAGCAAAACAGGGCCAACAUUGCACAGGAGAAACACGGGGCCAAGCCAAAAACCAGUUCAGAGAAGGGUAGCGUCAAUGGCAAAGAUGGGAAAAACUCCGUAUGGAUUUAGGAAGGAGGAACAGGUCAAAGGGUCCUAUGCAUCAGGGGGUGGUGGGGUCUCUUCUUUGCU